GGUGUUUCUUCCGGAAUCAUUUUCGCUGGUUCCCUGUAAUUAAGCAGGCUUAAGUGAUUUGUCCUGUGUGCUGCUGGGUACAGUGAAGGAAGGUCAGGCAAGUUCUGAAAGUGCGACAUGAUGAGGAUAUUGUCACUUCCCACAGAGAACCCAGUGACGUACAAUGAUGUACUGGUGAGCUUUACUCGGGAAGAAUGGGCUUUGCUGGAUCCUUCCCAGAAGAGUCUCUACAAAGAUGUGAUGCUCGAAACCUAUAAGAACCUCACUGCCAUAGGCUAUAACUGGGAAGAUGACAAUAUUGAAGAAGAUUGUGAAAAUUCUGGAAGACCCAGAAGGCAUCUUCAAAGGGAUGGACCAAGUAAUACUAGAGAGAAACCCUUUGAAUGUAUUCAAUAUGAUGGAGCCUUUGCAAGAAACCAUCAUCAUCAGUUAUAUAAGAGCACUGGAUCUUUCAUGUCUUCUACUGAUCAUCAGAUACAUAGAAGACCACACACUGAAGAAAAAGUCUAUGAUGGUAACCAGUGUCGUAAAACCUUUUCAUUUCACAGCCAUUUACAAAUCCAUAAAGGAACAUAUACUGGAGAAAAACCGUAUGAAUGUAAUCAAUGUGGGAAAGCCUUUGCACGUCACAGCAAUCUUCAAGACCAUAAAAGAACACAUACUGGAGAGAAACCCUAUAAAUGUAAACAAUGUGGCAAAGCGUUUGCAUGGCACAAUACACUUCGAAAGCAUAAAAUAACACAUACUGGAGAGAAACCCUAUGAAUGUAAUCAAUGUGGCAAAGCCUUUGCAUUUCACAGUACUCUUCAAAAGCAUAAAAUAACACAUACUGGAGAGAAACCCUAUGAAUGUAACCAAUGUGGCAAAGCCUUUGCAUAUCACAAAACUCUUAAAGUCCAUAAAGAAGAAACACAUACUGGAGAGAAACCCUAUGAAUGUAACCAAUGUGGCAAAGCCUUUGCAUGUCGCAGAUAUCUUCAAAUCCAUAAAAAAACACAUAUUGAAGAGAAACCCUAUGAAUGUAACCAAUGUGGCAAAGCCUUUGUAUAUCAUAGAUACCUUCAAAUCCAUAAAAGAACACAUACUGGAGAGAAACCCUAUGAAUGUAAUCAAUGUGGCAAAGCCUUUGCAUGUCUUAAAAAUCUUCAAAGACAUAAAACAACACAUACUAGACAGAAACCCUAUGAAUGUAACCACUGUGGCAAAGCCUUUACACACGCCUUUCAUCUUCAGUGUCAUCAAAGGAUACAUACUGGAGAGAAACCCUAUGAAUGUAAACAAUGUGGUAAAGCCUUUACAUCUCACAGAUAUCUUAAAAGCCAUGAAUGGAGACAUAUUGGAGAGAAACCCUAUGAAUGUAACCAAUGUGACAAAGCCUUUGCAUGUUGCAGAACUCUUCAAAUCCAUAAAAAAAAACAUACUGGAGAGAAACCCUAUGAAUGUAACCAGUAUGGCAAAGCCUUUACACAAUUUGUUCAUCUUCAGUGUCAUGAAAUAACACAUAAUGAAGAGAAACCCUAUGAAUGUAACUAAUGUGGCAAAGCCUUUACAGGUCACAGUACUCUUCAAAUCAAUAAAAGAACACAUACUGGAGAGAAACCCUAUGAAUGUAACCAAUGUGGCAAAGCCUUUACACAUCUUCAGUGUCAUCAAAGGAUACAUACUGGAGAGACACCCUAUGAAUGUAACCAAUGUGGCAAAGCCUUUGUAUGUCACAGCUAUCUUCAAAUCCAUAAAAGAACCCAUACUGGAGAAAAACCCUGUGUAUGUAAACAAUGUUGGCAAAGCAUUCUCAUGUCACAGUACUCCAUGAAAUCAUAAAAGAUCACAUACUGGAGAGAAACCCUAUGAAUGUAACUAGUGUGGUAAAACCUUUGCACGACACAGUCAGCUUCAAACACAUAAAAGAAUACAUACAGAAGAGAAACCCUGAUAAUACAGUGAAUGCAGUAAAGGCUUUGUUAUGGUGGUCUGAAAAGGAAUUUUAAAAACAAAUUCUUGUGAGAA